AUGGCACUGGCCUCCUCCUCCAACGCAAUUCCAAUGGAGGAACUAUUCGGAAAUCCAUUCAGACCAAAAAAGGAAAAAGUAGUUGUAGAAGAAAAACCAUUUGAGUAUAAACCAUCAGCAUACGUCCAAAUGAUUGAUCAGAUGAUAGGAAUUCGGACGAGACCGUGGAAUCCAGAACGGACGCCGAUUAAACCGAUUCAGAUGCUAACACUUCCGGAAAUGUCUCGAGAAGAACGAUGGAUUCAGUGGGGAAUGGAAAAUUGUGCAGUAAAAGCAACGAUCUCAGGAGUUCUUGGAGUGGGAGUUGGUUUCGCUUUCGGUCUGUUCACAGCUUCAGUUGACCCUCAAUUAUCAAUGGUUGGAGGAGAUCCUACUAAACAGCUGACACUCAAACAAACAUGGAAGGAAAUGUCGAGUCGAAUGAAGUCGUACGGAAAGAACUUUGGAUCCAUCGGUCUCAUGUUCUCUGGCACCGAAUGUGCUCUUGAAACGAUACGGGCAAAAAGUGAUUGGCGCAAUGGAACUUAUUCUGGAGGAAUCGUCGGAGGUCUACUUGGCUUGAGAGCUGGAAUUAUGCCGGCUGUUUGGGGAGCCGCCGGUUUUGCUGCAUUUUCCACUAUCAUUGAUCAUUACAUGCGAGGCUAG